AUGCCUGCUGGUGUUACCUGGACUCAAUACAUAGCGUUUUCGACGGCUGCUUUGUUUUCUAUGCUGGCUGGUUCACAAAUGGUACACAUUCAUUAUAAACCCCUUGAUGAUUUACAGAAGUAUAUAAACAAAGAGUUAGAGAACUUUCCUGUCCAUGUCCAAGAAAAGAUAAAGCAGGAGCUCAAAGAAGAGGGUGUGUUAAAAUAAAAGUUUAUGAAAAUACUUUUUCUGGAUUUUAUUGGAAGGUCCUCCUAUGGCAAUGGUUUCUUUAAAGUAUUCAAAACAUCAGGCAUCUAAAAACCCAAUAAACUGCGAUAAAAUCCAAAAAAGUUGUUUCAUUAUAAUAAAAAUUUAUAUAUUUAUAAACGAAUAUGAUUCAUAGUUUUUUUUGUAACAUAGUAUUGUUAUAUGUAGAAAUCCUAUUAUAGCUAUGUUUAUAUAAACUAGUUAACCCUUA